AUGCCAAAAAACAGAAGACAUAAACGCAUUAUACUUAAUAGCCCAAUCUCUCAAAGGCCAGGCGAAUACAAUUUUAGCACAAAUGAUAGAGAGUUUAGUUACUUGGAGAACUCUUUGGAUUACUUCAAUGAUGAAGCAGCAACAGUAACAACAACAACAACAACAAUACCAGCAGAAACAAUGGCUGAGUUUCAAACAUUUGAAACAGAUAAUGAUGUUAAUUCAGCAGAUGAAUACUCCAGCAAUAGCGAAAAAUACGAUGACAAAAACAAUAUUAUUGAUGAUUAUUUUAAUGAUGAUACUACUGACAAUUAUGUUCUUUCCUCUGUAAAUGAGUAUCUAGAAUCUGCAGUAAAUGGCAAAAUGGACAUAAACAACUUUGGAAACUUAGAAGAAUUUAUACUAAACACUGACACUAAUAACCAACCUAGCUCUGGAUUUCAUCCAUUCCCUGAUCUCUAA